AUGACUGCGGUGACUGUAUUAGACUCGUCUUCCUUUAUUACCGAUUCUAUUUGUGAUGAUGUUAGUGAUACGAGAAACGAGCCUAAUUUACAAAAAGCUGUUAUAUUUGGUGACAUGGAAUGUGAUGAAGGGAACCUAAAAGAUAUGAAUAGUUUGAGCGAUGACGACGUUGACCCAAUUGUUGCGCCUAAAAAGCGCACUCAGCACUUUACGAAUUUUGAUAGUGACGAAGACAACUUUAGUAAAAGCGUUGAAAUGUCCCCAAAAACCACAAAUGAAGAAGGGAAUUCCAAAGAUAUAAAUCCUGAACUAAAUUUGAAUUCAAACACUAAAGAAAGAAAAUCGACAAGGAUUAAAAGAAUAGACAGUUCUGAUAGUGAACAUAGUUCUUCAGAAAAACAUACUGAUGGGGAAGAUAAUUCGAUUGUUAGAAAAUCAGUAAGAAGGGAAGACAAGGAAAAUACUCUUAAAGAUAAAUUCAAAAGUAUGCUCUUACACAGAAAAUCUGGUACAAUGACUUCUGAUGAUGUGGAACAUAAAAAUCUGACUUCUGGUAAUAGUGAAUCAGAUGAUGAAUUUUCUUGUCUUAAAAUAAAGCAGAAAGUUAAAAGUAAUAUUCAAGCUAUGAAAUCGAUAUGUGACCCUGACACCUCAGAUGAAGAAGAGAACAUGCAAAUAAAAUCAUUCAAGAGAAGGUCUAAACCAAAAAUGACUAAAUCUACAUCUCCUAAACCUAUGAAAAUGACAGCGAAACAAGCAUUGGAAAAUAAGCAAAAGAUUAAAAGUGAAUCAAAUCGCAUGUUAAGAGAAAAAGGUGUCUCAUUACCAUAUCACAGACCAAAGGCUUUGACCUUAAAAGAUAUAAUGAGUAGAAGGAAACCAGCUGUUAGUUCUGAUGGAAGGACUUUACCCAUUAAAAUGAAUGAAGAUCAGCUUAGGCAAUAUGCGAUGUUAUUGGAACAAAGGCAGAAGGAGGUUAUAGAAUUAUGUAAAAGUGAUAGUGAGGAUGAGGACAAAGGAGUUGAACAAAUGGUUGAAACAAAUGAUAACAAAGGAGUGACAGAUGAAAGUAUUGAAGAAACCGUUGAGCCUAUUACAGAAAUAAUUUCAAACAGUAAUGAAGAAAGUGCUGUUAAUGUUGAAAACUCUGCAGAAGUUGAUAAUCUCAAUAGAAGUGAUAAACAAAUUGAACUGUCGGAUACUCUUGAUUUACCUAUAGAAACAGAAUCGUCAAAUAAAAAUGUUACUGAUACUAUGUCUAACAUUAGUAAAACAGAUGUGUGUCAAGAAAGUAAUUUAGAAGAAAAUAUUGCAUUACAAAAAUCAGUUGCAGAUGAAAGUCAGGAAAUUUCAUUAGUUUUUGACUCAGAAAAGACUGCAAUAGAAAACACAGAUUCUAAAGUAGAGAAUGAAGUUAAUGAAGUAAUUAAUGAUAAGGAUGAAGACAAAAGUGAUGAAUUUUCAGAUUGUGAUAUGAAUUUUGAUGAAAUAGAUAAAAUUAUUGAAGAGGCUGAAAUUAUUUGUAGUAAAACCAAUUGUGAUAAACCAAUCCCAAAACUCACUGGUGGACCGGGCACCUUAAUAGAUUUGGAUAAUGAAGACUCAGGAUCCAGAAAGUUAAGUGGUGUUGAGCUGUUGAAGGAGAGAUUCAGUUUUUUUGCUAAAAUAAAGACAUUAGAAGACAUUGAAAAAGAUCGGGAAAAGAAAUAUAAACCAGGUACUCAACAUUUAAAGUUAAAACAAGAACUUGAGGAACAGAUUGCUGAACAGAGAUCAUUGGAAUGGGAAAAGCGACUUCUAGAAGAACAGCAAUUAAAAUCUGAAUUAAAUGGUGAGGCUGAUGAAGAUGAUAUCGAAAAACUUGAAGCUAAGAUGGAAGAAAUAGAAAAAGAAGAAGAAAAUGAAAAUGAAAUAUCUGAGAGUGAGGAGGAAUUAGUAGAAGACGAUGUUCUCAUAGAAGAUAAGCCGAAAAAACGGAAUCCUAUGUUUGAUGAUGAAGCAGAAGUGAGUGAUGAUGAAAACAAUGAAGAUUUGGAUAACAAUGAUGAUGAUAAAUCAAGUGAAGAUCUAGACAGCGAAGAAUCUAGCCCCGAGUUAGACGAUUGCAAACCGAAAAAAGGUAGAAUCUUAAAGGCCUUCGAAGAUUCUGAUGAUGAAAAGGAAAAUGAACCAACAGUUAAUGAUGAUUUAAGCAAAGGUGAAACUGAAGUUGUAAAUGAUGACGCUGUUAUUAGAGAAUCACAAGAUGACGAAUUGCCUCUAGCUCAAGUGAAUAAAUUAUCAGAUGAUUUAUUUUCAACACAAUCAACUGAAAAUGAAUCUGAAAAUAUAGAUGGAUGUAGUGGUGUUGUAAUUAGCGCUCAAAGUGUAUGUUUAUCAAAUCCAGAUUUAUCAAAAAUGAUUAAAUCUGACAUCAAUCCCGACAACAUGGAUGUUUGUGGAACUAAAAAUGAUGAUGUAAUUAUGGAUGAUAUUGCUGGUAUGUGCUCUGGAAGUUUUUCACAGAACCUGGGUAGCUCUCAAACGCUGCCAUCAACGCAAUCACAAGAGUUCGGCGAUGACAUUACAGAUAUGUGCACUGGAAAAUUCUAUGAAAAUCCACUUGUAUCUCAGGAAAUUAGUUCUCAAGACACAGGAUCUGAGGAGAAAUCACAAAACAUAGAAAAAGAAUCGGUAUUGCUUGAAAAAGAUGAUAAUUUAAUAGAUGGAGUAAUAGACCAAAAUGUAUUAAAUACAAGUGGAAAUACGAUAAAUAAGGAGAACACAGUAUUAAGUUCAAUUCUAGAUGAAUUAGAUGACUUAGACGACAAACCCAAACAAAAUAAAUAUUUCGCGGCCGAUGUGUCGUCCAAGGACCUCAGAAAGAAAUUUGUUAUUGAAUCAGAUGAUGAAACUAAUGAGAAUUCACCAAAAAAGACCAAGAAACUUAAGAAAAAGAAGGCAGAACAACGGGCUUUACAUAUAUCAGAUGAUGAAGAAGAAGAUAAUGUAGAAAGUGACUUAGAAGAGGAAGAUGAUAGGAUUGUAGAUUAUGAUUCAGAGGAAAAUGAGAUCGUAGUACAGCAGCCAAAAAGCAAACAAACAAAGAAAGGAAUAACGGAUUUCUUUGAGAAUGAAGCUGAAUUGACAUCUGAAGAUGAAUGGGUUGGAUCCGGUGAUGAAGAUGAACGGGGGCUCGACCGAAUGGAAAGGGAAGAAGGAGAUAAUGACAAAUUCCAUCAAGGACAGUUGCAAAGAGAGCUGGGUCAGAUACAUAUGCGUGAAGUCCUAGACCAGGACAAACGUGAGGUGAGGCUCAUACAGGAACUGCUGUUUGAAGACGGAGACUUGGGUGAUGGCCAUCGACAAAGAAAGUUUCGAUGGAAUAAUGCAGAUGGUGAAGAAGAAACGGGAACAUAUCCUGAAGAUUUUACAGAUACACAGGAAGAAGAAUUUGAAUCUGAAGAGCAAUGGAGGAAGGAAAGGCAUGAAAGAGAAAUGUUUAUAAGGCAAAUGCGCGAAAAAGAUGAAGAGCCAAACAAAAGUAUAAACAGAAGCACUAUAAUUAAAGCGAAUUUAUCUUCCCGAAACGUCUCCUCUUUGAUCACAGAAAAUACAAUCAUUAAACCUGUAGAAAAACCUGUGGUUGAGAAAAAAUCUACAAAAGAUAUACCCAGUCCAAAGAGGGGAUUUACAAUUUUUCAGCAAAACUAUCAUACAUCUUUAUUAACGCGUGGGAGAGGAGCGUUGGCUAGACUGGCUGCUUUGGCAACACCGUUAGCUGAUGAUGACACUCCCAGAAAUAUUACCAAUAAUAGAGGAAACUUCGUGUUCACUUCUAUUAAUCCCGAUGAUAAUAAGGUUCCUACUAAACGGAAGGCUGAAGUAAUCCACACUCCAAGACUUAUAAAGAAAUUGAAGACUGAAAGUUCAAAUAUAAGGAAGCCAUCGUUGUUUGAUCAUAUAAAAAUAUAA